AUGCCCCUCACGAUUGCCCUCCCUCUCUUCGUCGGCCUCGGCGCGCGCGUCCUCUUGGGCUACAUUUUCUCCCCCGCGCUGCCCAUCCCUUCCGUCCCCGGUGGUCCCGCUGCCGAACCUCCCUUCUCCCCGGGCGACUUCAUACUCUUCGGCGUCUGGCAAGGCGUCGGACUCUACCACUCUUUCUCCGCAUUUCCGGAAGCAGCGACGUUCGUUGUCGGCCUGGCCAUCGCCGCAAAGCUCCUCUCGGACCUGUCAAGCGGAGAGAUAUUCAAGAGUCUUUGCGUGUUCAUUGGCGUGGCGCUCGGUGUGCUUUUUACGGACAUCCUGGCGCAGCUUAUCGAAGAUGACGUACUGGGGUUCAACGGCUCUCCGCGACCAAAGAGCUCAAGCCAAAUCCCGCGGAGGAUCCUGCAACUAGGCGGCGACCUUCAGUCGGAGCGAGCCGCCAUGAAACAUGCGUACGAAAUGCGCAGUGCCCGCGACCGCGAAAAAGAGAGGAAACGGCACGAACGAGCGUUCCGGGCAGCCAAAUCUCUCGCCGCUGCUCCCUCCCUUGACUUUAGCUCCCUCGACAUUUCUCUCCCCUCCAUAUCCGAAGUCACAAGGACAGGCUCCGCCGCCUCCACCGCGCAUUUGUCCCCGUUAGAACGUGAAAUUGCGGCGCUGAGGGCCAGGGCAAGUCUGGCGGAUAGCGAGAGGAGGAGGUUCAGGGAAGAGAAGAAAUGGGCAUUAAGCAUGGGGAACAAGGCGCGGGCAAGCCAGAUGAGCUGGCAGGUCAAGCGGUACACUGCGCUUAUGGAGAGCUUCCAUCGGGAAGCGGACGCGAGGAUGAUUGAAGCCGCGAAAGCGCGCGAUGCAGCAGCAUAUGGCGUCCUUGGCGCCCCCAUCGUAUCCGGGAGUCAGGGCAUCGGUCUUAUGAAUGGCCUUGGACCUAUGGCCGAGUCAUCGCCUCCUCUGCGCCAACGCGUUCGGGGGUCGAAGAGCAGCCUUAACCAACUAUAUCAACCAGCGCGACCGAAGGACCGCUAUGCACCCAUGGUUGUGCCAGAAGAAGGGAUCGAUAUAUCUCCACCACCUGCGACGAGGAGACGAGCUGAAGAAGAUAGUUUUGACCGGAGCUUCGACUCACGGCCAAGCCGACAUAAGCUAGAGGACUUCGACCGAAGUUUCGAGAGCCAACCUCGCAGCCGACCUGCGGCGGAAGAUUUCGACAGGUCAUUUGACCUCUCCCACGCUGAGACCGCGCCCCUGCCCUCGAGCUCGCGUCAGCGUACGCCUAAACCACCGAACGGCAACGCGAACGGGCAUGGCAUCCUUGGCGACUUAAAUCAAGACCCUGCGGAAUCGAGGCAACGCCUCUCGAGGCAUUCGGCGGAGAUGCUCAACGAGACGGAGGCCGGCAGCACGAGGAGACGCAGUCAUACCACUGGUGCGAUACCCAACGGGCAAAGGUUGAGCAAACUUCGCGCUAGCUGGGAGGGCCAGGAAUGA